AUGGAGAACGUACUUCCAGCUUCGGUAAAAACUAUUUAUAAGGAGAUCAGAGAGAUACAAGAGGACAAAAUCGAUGGAAUUCAAUUAAUACUGAAUGACGAAGAUAUUUCCGAUAUCCAGACUAUUCGCUGUUUAUUGAUUGCUCCAAAUCCCGAAUCUGCUCUCAACGAAGAGGCGGGUCGGCUGUUGUUAGAGGACUAUGAAGAGUAUACUCGAUUGGCUAAGGUGUACACAGAAAUUCAUGCUCCUAAACCCGAAAACCGAGCACAACUUUGCGCUGCUAGUGAGGCAUCAAAUGAUGCGGCUAAAGUAGAAGCUCCCGUACUUCGGGAUUCCAACGGUCAAUCCAGUGGCAGACCUGUUCGUGCGAAGCCAAAGAAGAAGAUGUCUACGAUGAAAAAGAUGUUGAUGCGCCUGUAG